AAAUACGAGCUCUAGAAGAAGUAGAAGAGCUUAGAACUAGAAGAGCAAAUAAAUAGUCAACACUGCUUUUGGAUGCAUUCAAUAAAGAUCGGACAUCUUUGCCCCAACCAUUGCCAAACCCUCCAUCUUUGGCACCACUGCCUUUGCCUGCACCUGAUCCUCGGACCCAGGAAAUGAUAAAUGAGAAGCUGAAGAAAGCUGAGGAUCUUGGUGAGAAGGGGAUGGUAGACAAGGCACAAAAAACAUUAGAGGGGGCUGAAGCACUCAAGAAAAUUUCAAUUUCUGAAUUUAGUAGUGUUAUUUCAGUAGAUUGAUUUUAUUAACUUGCACCAUUUCCUUCUCCUUGGCAUGCCUUGUUUGUGGAUAAUUGUUUUUCCAUAUAUGUUCAGCUCUAUACCAGACAAGAGCCUGUUUUGGAUUCCUCUAAUAAGUAUAUUGCUGCAGAUGUUCGCAUUACUUAUCAAAAGCUACAUGUUUCUGGUAUUUGUGGAGCACUUUUGAGUGUUUAUGACAGGCUUCUGGGCCCAGUUUUACGAGGAUAACUUUUGCAGCUACAUAAUGUGCGUCUUUUUCUGUUUUUUUCCUUGUAGAUCAUGCAAUUGUUAGAUGUGACCAACGUUUAGCAGAUCAUUUUGGAGGCAAACUUCAUUUAGGCUAUAUGCAAAUCUGUGAUAAAUUAGCAGAACUUCAGGUAAGAUGAUUUACAUGCUUGGUAUAUGCUGACUGGCUAUGGUGGCUCUGCUUUAAGUGUUACAUUAUAGUGCCUGGCAUCCAAGAUAUUGGUUGUAUAAAUUGCCUGAACUAUCCACUUACUAUGUCUAUUAUUAUUAUUUUUUUAAAUAAUCAAAACUUUGUUUGAAUGCAGUUACCCAAUGGAUUCUAGUAAGACAGCAAAUUAAUACAUCUUUUCCAGAUCCCCUUAAGUUUGUAUUGUGAAUAUGUUGGACAGGUGCUGGUAUAAUGUUUCUUAUUCUUCUAUAUAGAUUCUCAGUUAGUAUCAUCUGUGAGUUUUUCUGACCUCAGAGAAGAAUAAUAUCUCCCAUUUUUCAAUUUCUUUUGAUUGCUUAAAAUGCAUCAAAUAUGAAUGCCUUGGUGCUCAACCAAUUUUGAUAGAUUAGUUUUUUCUGCUGAAAGAAUGAAAGAAAAGGAAAACAUGAAAUCAAAUACGGGAGAAGUACAAGAAAGGAGUUUGUUGUAAGUAAUGUAAGAAAAAAAAAUGAGCUUUUCAUAUGUUUAAAAUCUGUGACAAUAAAUCUGAUGAAGGCCUGGGUUGGUCAAGGUAAGUUGCCUACUAAUUAUGCCUACUACCAUUAGAAUUCUUUCCUAAUGGUCCUUGUGGCAUGUUAUAUUUAGCUAAAUUGAAUUGGCAUUUAGCUUUUUGAAAGAAGCAUUCAGUAGUAUUUGCUGAUUAUUGUUUUCUCAGGAAGAAAGAAACAAGAGCCACAAACUUGACCGGUAUGAUGACAGGAGGUAGUCCUCUCCUUUUUCCUUUGGUAAACCAUUGGGUGGUGAGGGGGGUGUUGUGAUAUCCUUUUUAUUGGUGGUGUAUAGAUCGAAAGAAAGAAGCAGAGAUCAUGAGAGAGAAUCAAGUGGGGACCGAGACUGAUAGAAUAGCCGUGACCGAGGGAGUGAUUAUGAUUGUAGGAGCAGAGAUCAUGACAGGUAUAGUGAUUGAGAUCGUGAUAGGGAUUAUGAGCACUCUCGGACUUAUGAUUCUAGAAGUCGCCACUGGUCACGCUCAAGGUCUAGGGAACGCUCUAGGGAUCAUGAUCGCCACAGGCGUGACCGAUACUAGAUGCAUGAAUGCUGCCAAGAAGAAAAUGAAUACGAAACUGUUCUUGCUUAGGUAAGCCGACUUAUAUAGGGGAGUAGCAUUCCUCAGUUAAGUUAUUUGACAGUUUGUCAUGUGGUUGUAUCAACAUGUUUAAGGGGGUAUUUGUUGUUUUUUUGGUAUGUAGAGACUAGGAAUUGAAUCUUAAACUUAUGGUUAAGAGUAUAAGUAAUUCUAUCACCAGACCAUAUGGCUGACAGUUAAGAGGGGUAUUUGUUACUUGGUGAUUUGUGUUUGGUAUUUGGUAUUAGUGUAGAUGUAAGUUUGGUUGAUUUUACUAUUGUAAUUUGCAUGUCGAGCAAUUUUUAGUUAAGUAUCUAAAAGGAGAAUUAAUAUAAUGAGGUUGAAUUUUAUUUUCUGCUUUGACAGCUUGAUAUUAAGUUGGCAAGAAAUUUGAGGAUGCUGGAAACAUGAUUCACGCAAUUAUAUCCAGAUUCAGUCUCAUCUACUGGUAAUAAUGCAUGAUUGGGUGUGAAUUGAUAUGCACGAAAGAAUUAUUUAUGGAAAGAAAUUUUUUUUGUAAUU